UCAUCUCAUCGCGUUUCCCCAACUUCUACCUUCAACACACAACUUUAAACUCACCUAGCAAACAACGUUCCUAAUAGCACUCGUCGGUAUCUUUCGAAUUUCUUCUAUCCUUCCUACUACAACUGCCUACAACUAUUCAGACGCAACCCCGACAAAAUGAACACCCCGAAGGAUCCUCCUUCACCCUCACAGAAAGUCAUCGAGCUAAGCUUCCACGAUUCACUCCACACCCCCACCAAGCCCCAACCUACUCCCCUUGACACAGCUACCACCACCACCGCACCCACCACCCCCACCACCAUGGACAACCUUGUUUCUCCAAUAGAUUCUGCUUCUGGGGACGACUCCGAGGCGUUCGGUGUCUUCGGCGCAAGAGCAGUCGACCAGGCGGAACUAGAGAGGGAAGUCGCUACCAAGGCCGAUCAGGCGAUGCUCGAAGGUGCAAAUGAAGACGACCAACGAAGAUUAGAUAAAACAGUCACCGAGAAGGCAAAAAUCGACUACAUGCUCAGUGUCGCCGAAGAGCGAUAUUUUCUCCCACAGACUACUAAACUGAAUAAGACGUCUCUUGAGAUCCAGAUCAAAGAGCUCAAGGAAAAGCUCACACAACUCAAUGGCGAUAUCAAAGAUAUCACGUCUCGCAUGGCAGCGCGAGAAGCACAGGCGAUGGCAUUGCUAUCUCAACAAAAAACCAAGAAGAGCGUUUCUGACCACCGAUUGCCAAACGAAUCAGAUCGCGAAUUCCUCAUCCGAACCGGAAAGAUCACCCCCUUCGAUAAUAUCCCCGGAUUGGGACAGCCGGGUGCCAGUCAGGAAGACGCCGCCGAUGAGUUACCGCAUAAUGUACUCAGUGCGCAAAACCUUCGUAGACCUGGGUUCGCAGCUGCUAUGGAUCGCACAAAACCGGUUCAUGUAUCCUCGUCCGGACUUUCGAGUGCCGAGAGCAGCAAUCCCGAAGAAGACGACAGAGAAGAAGAUGAUGAAGAAGCAGAGAAUGGUGAUGUAGGCCGUGGCACCAAGAGACGCAAAGUCACCGAUGACGAUGACGACGAUUACACACCCGACGGAAAAGAGAAGAAAACUACUCGACGGAAAGUCGUCCGGAAAUCGGCAGUCCGUGAUACAGAAACUGAGUCCUCGGAAGAAGAGGAUAGCGAUGACGAACACACUGUUGUCGGACGGCGGAAGCGCAAGAAAUCCCCCGGAAAUGCUGCAGGCAAGGCGAAAGCGGUCCGACUGGACGACGGCGACGAGAAGCUGUUUCAGAAGAGGAUACAUGAAUGGGUAGAGUCUCGUAGAAGUACUCGGGAGCAUGAUAAUGGCGCAGAUGCCGAGGAUGACAAACGGGAGGAAUGGAAUAAGCCUCAUCCAACUAUACCUGACGAAGGCUUCUCGAGCGGUGUUGAAGCAUUACGGCUUCCGGGAGACAUCCAUGCUUCUCUGUUUUCUUAUCAGAAAGUUGCUGUCCAGUGGUUCUGGGAACUGCAUUGUCAAAAUGUUGGAGGCAUCCUAGGAGAUGAGAUGGGAACUGGCAAGACCAUUCAAAUGAUAGCCUUCCUCGCCGGCCUCCAUUAUAGCGGGUUGUUGGACAAACCGAUCAUCGUAGUGGCGCCUGGCGCCGUCCUGGGUCAAUGGGCCUCUGAAUUUCAUGUCUGGUGGCCUGCUAUGCGAGUGGCGAUCUUGCACAAGAGCGGAAGCGGCAUGCUUCUUAGUAGGGACGGCGAGAUAGAUUCCGAUGACGAUAAACCGCCCAAGCCAUCCAAAGUUGCAAAGUUUGCGGCAAAGAAGAUUGUCGACCGAGUCUUCAAGCACGGCCAUGUUCUCAUCACGACCUACGAAGGAUUAAACACCUAUGGUGACCUUUUAGUGGAGAAAGAAUGGGGAUAUGCAGUCUUGGACGAGGGACAUCGCAUUCGCAAUCCCGAUGCCAGAGUUUCCCUUAAUUGCAAGCAACUGAAGACUCAACAUCGCAUUAUUCUCUCCGGCACCCCAAUCCAGAAUAAUCUGGUCGAGUUGUGGAGUCUCUUCGACUUCGUGUUUCCUGGACGGCUGGGCACUUUGCCAGUCUUCAAGGAGCAAUUCGAGGUCCCCAUUCGCCUCGGAGGAUUCAAGAACGCCAACAACGUACAGGUACAGACGGCAACAUCGUGUGCGACGGUCCUACGUGAUUUGAUUGGACCCUAUCUUCUGCGUCGGAUGAAGACCGAUGUUGCGAAGGACCUCCCACCUAAAGAGGAGAAGGUUCUGUUCUGCAAGCUCACAAAGGGACAACAAAACAUGUAUCUUGAAUACCUAAGGAGUCCCGAGGUCAUAGCCAUAUUGAAUGGAAAGAGGGAAUCAUUCUCCGGCAUCUCGGUCUUGAGGAAGAUAUGCUGUCAUCCCGACCUCGCUGCUAAUGAGCAAAAGUUUCAUACAGAACAGGAGUACGGCAGAGACAUCUACUCAGGAAAGAUGCAAGUUAUGAAGAAGAUGCUCUUUCAUUGGAGGGAACAAGGCCACCGAGUCCUACUCUUCUCCCAGAGCGUGCAGGUCCUCAAUAUCAUCCAGAAAAAUCUCGAUAGCUACAAAGACUUCAAGUACAGUCGUAUGGAUGGAGGCACACCAAUCGAUAGGCGACAGCAGCUGGUGAACGAAUUCAACACGGAUACUAGUAUCGACGUCUUCCUCUUGACGACUCGUGUCGGUGGGCUUGGGCUGAAUUUGACCGGCGCGGAUCGGGUCAUCAUUUUUGAUCCUGAUUGGAAUCCUUCGACAGAUCUCCAGGCCCGGGAACGGUCCUGGCGAAUUGGCCAGACCAAGCCAGUUCACGUCUUCCGUUUGAUUGCCGCUGGAACGAUCGAGGAGAAGAUGUACAAUCGCCAGCUUUUCAAGCAGCAUCUUUCGCAGAAAGUGCUGAAUAACCCGGAGCAGCGGCGAUUCUUCGAGAUGGAGAAUAUCCGAGACCUGUUUACAUACGGUAAAACAGGCGGCGGCACAUCUACCGGUGCCAUGUUCCAGGGCGCAGAGACGGUGAACUCGAAGUCGUCAGCUUCGGCGGAGGAUUCUGCCCUUCAGGGCAUCAAUGGUGUAGCCGGUCUCGAGAAAUAUGCGAUAAACGACCAGUCGGCUGAAGGUUCCGGUGAACGAAAGUUCAUCGAAGAAAUCUUCAGCCACAAUGGCGUUAUCAGCAGUCUCGAGCACGACCACGUCGUCAAUGCCGGGAUCAACGACCGGACCCCGACCGAUGCCUACGCCAGGAAGAUCGCCGAGGAGGCAGCGAAACGCCUGCAGGAAUCCGUCGCGGCGACUUCGGGGGCAGCCGUCGGAACGGUCACCUGGACGGGCCGAAACGGAUCCGCGGGCAGAGACCCACCGCGCGCCACUGCUUCGGGAUUGCUGCAAACGAUGAAGGGGCAGCAGGGCCGUGCUACUCCUACGGGGAGAAGAGCUGGUCCUGUUGUGCCCUUGCGCACCCAGAUGCUCGGUCUCUUCGAGAAGAACGCAGGGAAGCUGCCUACGGGCGAGCUGAAGAAGUGGUGCCGCGAUGUGGGCAUCGACAAUAGGGCCCCGGAGAAGGCGAAGGAGAUGCGGGCGAUAUUGAAAGAUAUCGCCAGGCUGGACAAGGAGACUCACGUGUGGAGUCUGAAGAAGUAGAUUCUUCUUUUUUUUCUUUUUCUUUCUUUUUCUUUACGAAUUUACUUCCCCCCCCCAAAUCUCAUAGCGGCAAGGGAUGGCGUUUUUUCAUUGUUCAUUCGGGUUUCUUUUCUUUCGGCAUUUCUGAGCAUUUUCUAGGCGUUAUCAUACGUAGAGGGAGGAGUGGCGAAGGUGUAGAUAGAUGUAGAUGUUAGGUACUUUGUCCGAUCUGUUGACGGAAAUACAUACAUAGAUGGCUGUUGCUUGUAGAUGGAUAAAUAGAGUACUUCAUGUGCAGGUAGCCACUCACCGUGCG